AAAACAACAUUCCUUUCGCCUCUGACCUCACCCUACACCUACAGCACAGAUUCAAUUCAAAUCGCAAGGUUAGUAAAGUGCCACUUUCAUAAAACGCAGACAAUACCCCUUAAAUGGAAAUCCCAUCACCGACAUAUACACGCGCAAACCGCUAGAUCCCCUCGUUCUUCACCGGAAACCAGAUUCCGAUUAGAUCUGGUUUUCGAUUAUACUUGCAUUGAAAUGCUCAUUGAUUUCGCUUCGUGAAUCACUGAAAAAUGGCCAUCUCUAGUCCUAUUACUCCUGGUCAGGUUUCAUUUUUUAUUGGGAUUGUACCUGUGAUUGCUGCCUCGAUAUAUUCAGAGUUCUUGGAGUAUAAGAAAAAUGCUGCCGCAUCCAAAGCUAGGCAUUCUGAUAUUAGGUUGGCUGAAGUGGGAAAUGACACUGUUAAGGAAGAUGACAAAGCUGUUUUACUUGAAGGGGGAGGUCUUCAGUCUGCUUCUCCUAAAGCUAAGAGUUCCCCUGCUUCAUCUCCUAUUUUUAGGUUCCUUCUUAUGGACGAGCAAUUCUUGAUUGAUAACCGGUUGACGUUGAGAGCUAUAUCUGAAUUUGGUGCCCUUCUGGGGUAUUUUUAUCUAUGUGACCGAACAGAUUUCUUUAAUUCCUCAAAGAAGAAUUUUAAUAGGGAUCUUUUCUGGUUUCUCUACUCCCUUCUCAUUAUAGUUUCUGCGGUAACUUCUUUCAAGAUACAUCAUGAUAAGUCGCCAUUCUCAGGGAAACCUAUACUUUAUUUGAAUAGGCAUCAAACUGAAGAGUGGAAAGGCUGGAUGCAGGUAUUGUUUUUGAUGUACCAUUACUUUGCUGCAACUGAAAUCUAUAAUGCAAUCCGAAUCUUUAUUGCUGCUUAUGUGUGGAUGACUGGAUUUGGGAACUUCUCAUAUUAUUACAUACGCAAAGAUUUCAGUCUUGCUAGGUUUGCUCAGAUGAUGUGGCGGCUUAAUUUCUUGGUGUUAUUUUGCUGCAUCGUGCUUAACAACAGUUAUAUGCUAUAUUACAUUUGCCCCAUGCACACUCUUUUCACUCUUAUGGUCUAUGGGGCGCUUGGUAUUUUGAAUCAAUACAACGAGAUUGGAUCUGUCAUGGCUGUGAAAAUCAUCUCCUGCUUCUUGGUGGUUAUCCUAAUAUGGGAAAUUCCUGGAGUUUUUGAGCUGGUGUGGAGCCCAUUUACAUUUUUCCUUGGCUACACUGAUCCUGCAAAACCAGAUUUACCUCGGUUGCACGAAUGGCAUUUUCGCUCAGGUCUUGAUCGUUAUAUCUGGAUAAUUGGAAUGAUAUAUGCCUACUAUCAUCCAACAGUGGAAAGGUGGAUGGAGAAACUGGAGGAAACAGAAGUGAAACGCAGAAUAUCAAUCAAAACAGUUGUGGCAUUGAUAUCCCUUUCGGUGGGUUAUCUGUGGUAUGAGCAUGUAUACAAGCUGGACAAAAUUACGUACAAUAAAUACCAUCCUUAUACCUCUUGGAUUCCAAUAACUGUGUACAUAUGUUUGAGAAAUGUCUCUCAAAACUUCCGAAGCUACACUUUGACCCUUUUUGCAUGGCUUGGAAAGAUAACGCUGGAAACAUACAUUUCGCAGUUCCAUAUCUGGUUGAGAUCAAGCAUUCCAGAUGGUCAACCUAAAUUGUUACUUUCUAUAAUCCCAUCUUCCAACUACCCAUUGUUGAACUUCAUGCUCACUACUUCCAUAUAUGUUGCAGUUUCUUACAGACUUUUUGAUUUGACAAAUACAUUGAAAGUAGCAUUUGUCCCCAGUAGGGACAAUAAGCGCCUUGCAUACAACAUAAUUACAGGAGCAGUGAUUGCAAGUGUUCUGUACUUCAUCUCCUUUAUAUUCUUAAAAAUCCCUCAGAUACUGUCCACAGGUGUGACAAUAAGGCUGCAAGCUCCUGAAUCAGUUUCCUUUGAACACAUGAGAAGAACGUUGUUCCACUUCUAGAUUUUUCACCCCAACAAAAACAUUGAAGCUACAGAAUGGAUUCAUUUCAUAGUUUUCACUGGCGAGAUAAAUGGAAAAGGAUGUGCUUAGAGUUUGUGACAUAUAUUGUAUAGGGGAAAAGUUAGUAAUUGAGAUGAUCUCCAAGGUAGGGCUAUUUGUUUUAUUGUUUUUUCAUUUAUUCACCACCACAUUAAAAUGAUUGCAAGCGAAAUAUAUCAUUCCCUGUUAAAGCA